AUGUAUUCCCGCCACCACCGCUCCAUGCCGAGUGCCCCGGUGCCCACCCACCGCCCCGACUCCCGCACCAUCUUCCAACAAAACCAAGCCCAAUUCCAAAAAAGCAUAGCCUGCAACCACCGCGGCCCCAACGGCGUGCGCUACAGCGGCGAGAUCUGCGAGAUCUGCUUCUGCCGCAUGAAUGACGUCCCACUCGAGGAAGCCCCUCUCAACCUCCCACGUAGCCAGACAGUUCCAGCAGUCACCCAGUUCAUGCAGAACCGCAGCUUCGGCAAUAUCAACCUCGUCGAGAACGACAACAUAGACCUCGUCGAGAACGAAAACGUCGUGGCUCACCCAAGUGGCUAUGGAACGGACACUGUGGGCAGCCGUCUGUUUAAUGCGGACCCGAUCGAUAUCGACUCUACACGAUCCGACCCCCGCCGGGUCUUGAGGCUGCCGGUAAUGCAGCCGGAGUUUGCGGGUGCGGAUACGAUUGCGAGGCUCAACGAUGACCCGGUUAGGCUUCACGAUAUGGCGUUUGGAGGGGAUUUUGGGACCUGGCGUAGCAAUGGCACUAGACGCAUGAAGUUUGAUCCGCCGGUCAAGUCUUUGAGUAUGAAGAGCAUUGAGAAGAAAGGUGUUAGGGGGUUUCUCGAAAGGGCUUUUGGAAGGAAACGCACCUAG